AUGGGGGCUAGCGACCUCAGACGCGAUCGAGAGAAUGCCAUCGACAGAUGCUGUUCCGAUAUCGAAGCAGCAGACUUUGUAGCCUUGGACUUUGAGUUCUCCGGGCUGUUUUUGGAUGAGAGUGGGUCCAGACAUUCGUCUCUGGAAAAGUAUUUUGCCAAAUGCAUUGCCAGCAUCCCCCAGUUUUUGCCACUGCAGCUGGGACUAUGUUGUGCUCGGCAACGGCUGUCAGACAAAGUCUGGGAAUUACGUUCCCACGAAUUCAACCUCUGGCCGUGUUCACGGCGGUUGUUCAUGUCCGACUUCAAGUCGCUUCGGUUCCUGAGAGAGAACGGCUUUGAUUUCAACACGUACCUGGAUACCGGGUUCUCAUACUCCCGGCUACCGGAGGCUCACCAACCGAAGAAGGCCAGAAGGUUCAAUGCUAAUCAGCUAAUACAGGCGCUGGAGGACAGCAAAGUUCCUUUGGUCGUUCACAAUGGAUUUCUGGACCUGCUGCACUUGUUUCAUGGUUUUAUUGGAGACUUGCCAGGUGAGUGCUGGGACUUCUUUGGAAGUUGGCUUGCACACUUUCCGACGACUUUCGACACGAGACUGCUAGCGCAGGAGGGACAGUACAAGAUCUUGAGGGGUAGUGGGCUUACGUUGGAGGCUUUGCACGAGCAGCUGAGCAGAUCCGGAUCAGGGCCGGGUGUGCGGAUCGAAUGCCAUGGGCCACUCGAAGAGGACGGUCCGUGUCACGGUUCCUCGGGACACGACGCCCUCCUGACUGCCAAGGUGUUCAUCUGGGAGCUGGAUUGUUGGAUCCAUCUGGAUACUGUCGAGUACGAGCAGAAAAAGCAGCGGAAGAAGCGCAUCAGCGAGCUUGAGAAUGCCCUUCUUCCCUUGAGCUGGCAGGAGAUUCACCAGCUUGCCGAGGAGGUAGGUGUCAGCAUCUACCGCUCGAUCGUAAACGGACGCUUUGGUGGACCACAUGGUGCCCGACGUCCACUAGCUGAAAUCCGCACGGCCAUCGUGGCUGUGCAGUACGCCAAAGAAGUUGACGAUCAGAGGUGUCAGGGGCAGGCUGCAUGCGAUUUGCCCGGCCGCACGAGCGAGACCAGUGCUGCUCUGACAGCAGAUCUCCUCGUCUCGCACAAGGUAUGCAAGAGGUUUCGGAAUUGCCUGGCUGUCGUGGGUGCUUCUCCUGGCCAUAUCUGUUUAGAUGCCAUUGCUGCUGCAGGAAUUGCCAAGACAGCAGAUGUUGGCAUCGAAAAUGCCUGUGCUGCGUUGAGAUUGCAUGCGCGAUUGCAACUGACGCUUCUGAAGUCUAGCAGUGGGUCGGCGCAUGCACAGCCUUCAUUGGCAUCGGGUUGGAAGCUGGGCGACUGCCUGACUCUGGGAAAUCGCCUUUGUGCAGUGAAGUUCCAGUGGAGGAUGAUGAAGCAGCAUCUUGUCGGCGGCCAGGCUAUACUUCGCAGUCCUGGGAUUUCACCUCUGACCUCGGGUUGCAUGCAGCAAGCGAGCUUGGACCUGGUCAAAUGGUGGAAGCUGUCAGCUGAAAAUGGAGACAGCGAUGCCAUGAUGCGUUUGUCGCAGGCAAACUACUACCAAUCACUUUGCACAAGUGACACGAUGAUCGAAACUCUCCAUACUUUGUAUGAGAUUGUGCUCAUGGCCAAGCUGGAGAUUGCCGUCUUCAUAUUGGCCGCAGGCCUUCAUUUUCUCUUGUUCAGCAACUUGGCGCUCCGACGCUCGCAGUCCAAGCCCCCUCGAAGCAAGAAGCUGGAUGAUUCAGGCGAUGGACUGACCGGAGAGGCCCCUUCACAGAAGGACAAAUCUACGACGUCUCCAUCUGCAACUGUUCAGCGCGCAAUCAAGCCGCUGCUGCGCUCUGGUGCAAAGGAGGCUGCACUUAAGGAUGAGGUCAACCGUGUACUCGACUCGCUCAAGGUCCCAGAAGCAGAACGCGAGGAAGUCCUUGCUGAUGUAUUGGAUGGUCUUGGUCGUCAUGCUGAAGCUGAGCUGCUUGCAGCUGUUCGUGCUCUGGUUCCGAAAGUCACGACCUGGAGGAUGGCCGAGCACCUCCUCCGUUUCGUCGGCACCAGAGCACCCGGAGACGUCGAGGCACUGCUGGCAGAGGUCGAGUCACACCACGUUGAUGCCAAAGAAACACUCCCACAUGGUGUCGCGGUUUCCUGCCACCAAGCCUUCCACCGCAUCCUUGACACUGUCGUGAAGACCGAUGUCGACCGAUGCUGGGAUGUGCUAAAGCGCAUGGAGGCACUUGGCCUGUCGCCGAACAAUGUCACGUGCUCCAUUCUGCUCAAGGGCGUUCAGAAGGGAAUGCAGGAGGGAUAUCUGCAGAAAGUGAUGAAGAUCAUCGACGCACGUGAAGUCAAAGACAUGGACGAGGUCUUGCUGGGAUCCCUCUACGAAGCAUGUAUUCGUUGCGGUCAAGUCCAAUACCUUCUGAACUAUGUCAAGCGUCUUCGUGAAGAGAGCGGCUUCGUUCAGGUCCGCAGCGCGCACACGGUGGGCUCCAUCAUCCGUGCCUACGGCGCAGCAGAGGACGUGGAUGGAGUUUGGGCCACAUGGAAUGAGAUGAAGCGGAAGCAGAUCCAGCCGACAAGGAUCACGUUAGGCUGCAUGGUGGAGGCUCUGGCUUCCAACAAUGAUGCUGAAGGUGCCUACGAGAUCAUUCAGCAGGCACUGGCAGAUCCAGAAACCGCGACCUUGGUCAAUGCAGUCACCUACAGCUCCGUCCUCAAGAGCUUCAAUCACCAGAAGCGCUUUCAUCGUGUUUGGGAGGUUUACGAGGAGAUGAUAAAGCAGAAAGUCGAGUUUUCCGUGACGACAUACAAUGCGCUGCUGGAUGUUUGUGCACGCAGUGGCGAGAUCAGCCGGGCCGAGCCGCUGCUGAAGGACAUGGCAGAUCAGGGAGUGCCUCCCAACAUCAUCACCUACGGCACAGUGAUUAAGGCGUACUGCUCGGCCAAUCGUCUGGACCAGGCUUUCGCUGUCCUGGAGGAGAUGCAGAAAAACACCUCGCUCCAUCCAGAUGAGGUUACCUACAACACACUUCUCGAUGGCUGUGCCCGCUAUGGACUUUUCGAUCGCGGCCUGGAAGUGCUUGCCGACAUGCGAAGGGCUGGUGUACCUCCAAGCAAUUACACGCUCUCCGUGAUUGCUAAGCUCGCGAACCGCAGCAAGAAGCCAAAGAAGGCGUUCGAGAUGGUGGACACCUUGCGGAAAGAGUUUGGACUCAAGCUGAACAUGCAUGUCUACAACAACCUCAUCCACGCAGCUACUUGCGAUAGCAACAUGAUGAAAGCGCAAGAAGUCUUCGACACUAUGCUUGACGAGCGAGUUCGACCAGACGGACGUACCUACACUUUGCUGCUCAGGUUUUGCAUCACACAAAAGGCAGCGGUGCCUGCGACAGCACUGCUCAGGACGGCGUUUGGAUUGAAGCACCAGAAGGAUGAUCUAGUGAAGACCGGCAGCGAAGAUUCUUUGCACCCUCUACUGGUCAAAGCUCUUCUGCGCUCCUGCCACUGGGCAGCUGCACCCCUCCGCGGCAAUUCUGCUUUGCAGGAAGAAGUCAUUCAGGACACCUUCGACUUCCUGUCGCGCAGCCUCGAUUCAUCCGGUGUGCCCAAGCUUCUGUCAGAUGUACAGAAGAGCAAGUGCUUGGGAGCAGAGGCUCAGAUGUGCCAGUUGCUGUCAAGAAAAGUUUUCAGCGAUGGUGCGAUAGGUGUCCCGCAGGAGCCAAUGCUGGCCAAACAUUGGCUGUUAGCGGCUGCUGCUCAUGGUCACAAGGAGGCAUUGGACCGGGUGAAUUGGGGAGCAACCCUGCGCCCACCCGUGGAGAGACGGUGGCUCCAUGUGAUGGAAACAUGGGGCUGGAUUUGA